UAAAUAAACCUACAGCAGCAGAUGCUGUUACAGAACAACCAGCCCAGUUGGAGGACAUAUUAAGGGAUGAGAACAAAACAACAGUCAGAUCUUUUAGUGAUGGGACAUAUAGCUGGCCCACAAAAAGCCCAUUACUGCAGGACAUCCAUGUUCCAACAAGUCAGGAUGAAGCUUUCAAGAUGGUUUUGUGGAACAGCUCUAACCAAGAGCAUCCAGAAGACCCCAUAACUUCCCAUAAUGAGGCUUACUGGAUAGUUGGAAACUGGAGUGAAUGUUCCACCACAUGUGGCGGAGGAGCUUUUUGGAGGGAAGUGGAAUGCAGCACCAAGAAGGACGCUGACUGCCAGCACAUUACAAAACCUGAUCCAGCAAGAAGGUGCUACCUCCGCCCAUGUGCCCAGUGGAAAGCGGGCCACUGGAGCAAGUGCUCUUCAUACUGUGGAGGUGGAUUCAAAACUCGUGACGCUUUUUGCCUCGAUGUGCGUGACAACAGAAUUCUGCGGCCGUUCCAUUGCCAGAUAGUAGAGCGCAAGCCUCAGCUGACUAUGAGCUGUAAUGAGGAGCCCUGCUUCAAGUGGCAUGUGGAGCCCUGGAAUGAGUGUCCUGUUUCAUGCGGUGGAGGUAUACAACAAAGAUCUGUGCAGUGCAUCAAUGUGGAAGGGCACCUAGUUCCCAAUGAAAGCAUAUGUGAGCACAAGGCCAAGCCACCAGAUGUGCAGAAAUGCAACCUGCAUGACUGCAUGGAAAGUGCAAGUGGACUGAACCAAACAGCAGAGAAAUCUCAUUUUAGAAAUAAAGAGAAUUCUACCAAACAAGAUUCGCCUUGCAGCAAGGACAGGCUGUCAACAAAUUUCUGCAAGAAAGUGAAGGACAUUGGCAAAUGCUCCGUGCCCUCGGUGCGGAAACAAUGCUGCUCCACCUGCAAGAGGCCCUGGGCUGUUAGCAAAAUGGAGCCCCAGAACCCACCAAGCCUGAAUCCAUGAUAUGCCUGAGAACUUCUCAAAAUCCAAAGCUAAGGAAUGUGAAUGUUAUUGAGCACCACUGCCUUUCUUGCUAUUUUCUGUGGAACAUUAAACCACUCCAAAUUCAGGGUUAUUUGUAGCAAACAUUUGAAAUGGUCGACUUGCUUUUUAAAUAUGUUCUAUAGUAUAUAUAUAUUUCUAUUGUCACUAUAUCUAUUUAUCUGUUAUCUUGCUUUCCUCCUCCUUAAAAUAUGGCUAUGGUGCUACCUUUAUGAAUCAUUUUUGUCAUGUUGUGUUCACUGUUUGCCUGAGGCUGUAGAAGUGACAUCAACACCUUCAUCCUUAUCCUGCAAGCAAGAA